AUGUCAAACAUUCCGACGACACAAACCGCUGCAGUGGUGCCGUUCCAUGGAGCUGAUCUUGAAAUAAGGAACGACCACCCCGUCAGGCAACCUUCUGAGCUUGCUCCGGGUGAAUGUCUCAUCAAAUUAUACUGCACUGGAGUCUGCCACACGGACUUGCAUGCUAGCCACGACGACUGGCCACUUCAUGCUACUACACCACUUGUUGGUGGGCAUGAAGGUGUAGGGGAGGUCGUUGCCAUCGGAGCAAACACUGGCGAAUGUCCCGUGAAGAUUGGCGAUCGCGUUGGCAUCAAAUGGCUUGCGUACUCUUGCUUGAACUGCGAGCAGUGUCGCAAUGGACGGGAGCAGAACUGCCCAAAGGCGAAAUUAAGCGGUUUUAGCGUUGAUGGUACAUUCGCGCAGUACACGGUUUCCUACGUAUAUCAUGUUACUCCUAUUCCCAACAAUCUAGACAGCAGCGCUGCGGCUUCGAUACUUUGUGCGGGAGUUACCGUAUAUAGAGCUCUCAAAUACAGCGGUGCAAAGAUCGGCGAGUGGGUUGUCUUACCUGGUGCAGGCGGUGGCCUCGGACACCUAGCGAUUCAAUACGCAGUGAACAUGGGCCUCCGUGUUGUAGCGAUAGAUACAGGACUCGAGAAGAAGAAUUUGUGCUUGGAGCUUGGGGCUGAAAAAUGGAUUGACUUCCAACAGGAAAAAGAUAUUGUCCAGGCUGUACGAGAUGCCUGCGAUGGCGAGGGCGCACACUGUGCUGUCGUUACCACUGCGAGUCCAUCUGGGUAUACGCAAGCUGUCGAUUACCUUCGACCCGGAGGAACAUUGAUGGCAGUGGGGCUACCGGGUGAAGCAAAGCUCGAGGCGUCCAUCUUUUUCACUGUAUUCAAGAGCAUUAACAUCCUUGGCUCAUAUGUUGGUAAUCGUCAGGAUGCUGUCGAGGCUCUAGAGAUCGCAUCGAGAGGCAAGGUUGUAGUGAAGUAUGAGUGCAAGGGCCUCUCAGAUCCUCAAAGGGUGAGUAGAUUGCGAUGGUCAGGACACACAGCUGAUACAAUACACAGUGUUUAUGACGCACUUGCACAAGGCAAAGUAGCGGGAAGAAUUGUCUUGGAAAUGCCAAAGUGA